UCCCAGUGCUUGAACACACACAUAAUAGCAGGUCUUUAGAGCUGUCCGUGUAAUUUGGGAGAAGGGUGAAGUAAAGUGAAAGUGUGAAGAUGGCAAACAGACCAGCCCUGCCCACUGCUGAAGGUGGACAAAUACAUGUAAUGAGUAAAAUCAGUGAUUCCUUCUCAUUUUUGGAUGUCCUCUACACCAGACAGUUUGAAGGAGAGUUUGUUGAACCUCAACACGCUGAGCAAGUGGAGGAAAACUUUUACAGAGGGGCCCCACCGAACUGGUUAAACUUCUAUAUCAGUGAACAAGCAGUGUCAGAUGGCAAUGCAACUCCUUUUAUCAAACGAUAUGGAUAUGAAACCCUUAAAGAACAAAUUCACCUGAGAAGAAAAGGCCCUGGGACAUCAACAAUUAAACUGUUUCAUCAACAAGGAUGUGGGGGAACCACACUGGCUAUGCAGGUGCUGUGGGACUUGAGGAAAACCUUCAGAUGUGCUGUUUUGACAGGUUCAACAUUAGAUAUCACAAAAGUUGCGCAAGAUGUGGUCAGCCUUUUUACAGCAGGUAGCCAUGGCCACCAGAAAACGGUACUGUUGUUACUAAAUGAUGAGUUCAUAUUGGACAUCCUCCAGGACAGGAUUAUGGAAGAGAUUGCUGAACAGGAUAUAGAAAUUGAUUUGCCUGUGGUAAUUUUACUGAACUGUGUGAGAAGCAGUGACGGGAUUAUCCACCAAAAGGCGCGUUCUUAUGAACUGAGACAAAAGUUCAAGAGGAAAAUGAGAAAAUCUAUUAUUCUCAAAAAAUCUCUCUCAGACAGAGAGCAAGCAGACUUUGAUAUGAAAAAAGAAGAGCUUGGCAGAAGAUUUGGUGAUCGAUGCAAGCAGUUUCAUGGUUUUAACAUUCUGCAGUCUAAUUUCUCUCAAGCCUACAUCAGGAACGCAUGUGCUACAUUAGAACAUAUCAAAAGAACAAAUAAGCCACUGAAGAUGCAGCUUGCUGCCUUCCUGUGUCUGCUGAACGCCUACGUACCAGGUUCAUAUCUCCUGGAGUCUCAGUGCCUGGACUUCCUCAGACAUGAAGAUGAAGAUGACCUUUCACUGGAGGAUCAAAUGCAGCCUUUCAGUCAUCUGAUCGUCACCUUCCAACAAGGUGAAAGAUCUGAAAAAAAGGUUUGCAUGGCUCACAAUAUGAUAGCUCAGUGUUGUACUGAACUGUUGGGUGAUGCAGGUGUGACCAGAAGUGACACAACAAGACACUUCUUGAACAGUUUUUGCAAAAGUUAUGUUCCCCCAUGUUUGCUUGGGUUUGUCAAAGACAUGCUAACCAAAAGAGAAAUUAAAAUAAUAGAGGACCCAACUGGUGUAAUUAAUGAGAAGAAAGAAAAGUUUUCCAGACUGAUUCAAGAUAUUACAAAGACAGAAGAUGAUGACAAAAAGAAAGGCAAAAGUCAGAGUCUGUCAGUCUUGAAGGUGGCCUCAAAGAAAUUUGAUGACAACCCACUUUUUCCACAAACUCUUGCUCGUUUAUAUUAUAUAGAAAUAGAAGACUACAAUGAGGCAGAAAUUUGGGCAAAAAAAGCAAAGCAGAGAGCACCUUGGAGUUCAUAUGUUGCAGAUACACUAGGCCAAGUCCAUAAGAGCCACCUGAAGAACUUAAAACUUUCUGCCAAGCCAAGAGAAAUUUUACAGCUGGCCCAAAAAGGCAUUGAAGCUUUUGAAGAUGAGGAACGACUUGCUGAGAAUGAACACAUGAAAGGCAAACAAGGAGAUGGCAAUAAAAAAGUCUUGCGUGCUUUAAACACCAGAGGGCUGUUUGGUUAUCUGGAAGUUUGCACCCUGUUGUAUGACCAUCUUAUCAGACAUGAUGAACUUUGGAAGCAAGUUCUCACAAAGACUGUGUCUCUGGGCUCUGUCCUGAAAUCCCUCGGAGAUGAGAAACUUUUCAGGUUUAAGGAGCUAAUAAACAGCCUCAGAGAUUUGGUUGAGAAAAGAUUUGAAUUUUUUGACACGUUUUUAACGUAUUCAUAUUCUGUUGUAAAGAAAGAAGAUCCAUCCUACAUUUCCAGAAAGACAAUAGAAUGCUACAAAAAGUAUGUUGGAGACGCAGAACCAAAUGAUCAACUCCAGAAAGCCUUCCACAAACUUAAACAAAAACUGGCUGUCACUUCUCCGGGAGUACUUUCAUGUCUUGAAAGAUGCACUAGAUCAGACACCAAGGACAUUGCUGUAUGGUGGAGAGAAAUCUGCCAACACAAACAUUCUGCUACACAUGCCUUACUCAACUACGUUCUGGCCAAUAUCAUGCUGAUAAAUCUGAAAGAACCUCCCUCCAGCUCCGACUACCAAAGCAGCUUUAGAGAGAAAAUGCCAUUGGCUCCUGAGAUGCAACCCGAGUUUCACAUGUUAGCUCUGCUGUUGUGUUGGCCUACAGAUGGUGAAGACAAAUUGACCUUUGACCUCCCUCAUUUAAUCCAAAAUAUUCUGUAUUCCUAUGAACAAGAAUAUAAGUCACUCUUUCAGUCAAGGUACCUUCGACCCAUAUUUUUUCUUGGACCGGGUCAGGGUCUGAACAGACUUGUUCACAGACGCAACCUUGAAAUCUUGUGGACCCAAGAUGCACUGGAAGACCCAAACACAAACUGGAGGAACGACGAUGUUUUCAGAAAUCCAACAGUCAAAGACAAACUUCUCAGGGUUAAAGGGGUGGUGAGAAAUUACAGGCUGUAUGCAACAUUUGGCGGCACAGAGAUCAAGUUGGAUGUUAACCAAAAAGACAGCCUCUGGAACUCAGGCCAUGUGUUCUUUUAUGUUGGAUUUACAAUCAGUGGUCCUGUUGCUUACAACGUUCACAGAAGAACUGAGGAAGAACCUUCUGAGAGACUUCUGAAAGCUUUUGGCAAUGAAAUGGACUCCAGUCCGUGGACGAAGCUGAAACCUGAAGUCCAGAUAAUGGACAAGGUUCAUACUUACAGCCUGCAGUCUGAAAGUGGCAAAUAUGAAUGCAGCGAGUCUGCCUUGCGGUGGGUUUGUAAGGAAACCGUCAGCUUCAGAUACCAGUUUAGCUCAUGGGAGCGAUUCAUGAGGAAACCUGUAUGCAUGGACUACAUACCAGCAGGACCCCUAAUGGACAUCAAAGUCACAGAUGGGAAGCUAGAGGAAGUCUGUCUGCCGCACUGGAUCUGUACAGGUGAAAAUGCAGCGAUGUCAGACAUAUUUCGAGUUCUGCAUGUGGACAGCAGUGGAGGUUAUUUGGAGCAAGUGUCUGAAAUGACAUCAUCCCAUGUGAAGUUAAACAAGCCGGAGUUCUCUCUAAGAGGAGCCAUGAUCCUAAAGAAACUGGGCCUAUAUCUAAAAGUUUUUGCUGAUGUCUUGAUAUACAUGCAAAUCACAUCUGGCCUCACUCUGCACGUUUACCUGGUCCCACAUGAUCCUCUACUACAACAGGAAGUGGAGAAGAAGGAGAAAUCUGACGGAUUCAGACAAAUCCGAAAGACAAGUCCUAUUGACCCUGUACAGCUGGAGAGUUAUUUCUACCUCUCAACAGACUGGGACACAGCAGAAAUCUGCCCUGAGAAACAGCAGUUCAUGUUGGAGUGGAGCGACACUAAUUUCUUUGAGGUGGUCAUUGGAAAUGAAAAAAGCGACUUCGGAAACGUGAAACUGAAACUUGAAGUUGAGCGCAGGGGAGGAAAGGAAAAGGACACCGUGUGGACGUGCGCUAUCGGAACAGAUGACUAUUAAGCACAAGUAUUCACCAAGAACAGGCAUUUCAUGGAUCGCCAUUCAACGGCUCUGAUGAACAGUGAACGAGGCAGCAGCCGUUCUAGACAAACUCCAGGAAAAAGAUCUGAUCUCCAAUGAGAAAUUUGAUGCUGUGAGAAAUUUAAAUGAGAGAUUAUUCAAAGAUGAGCUCUAUGAAGUCCAAGGGAUAAAGUCUCUGAGGUUUCUCAUCUAUGAGCUUGAGUGAGCUCAAUGUAUUGUUUAGAGAAUGUUAAAAUAUGAACCACAUUUUAAGUUUUUUUUUUUUUAUUUAACUCAACCAAAUACAUAUUUUU